CUUCGUUUGAAGACACUGUUUUUAUUUCGAGAGACAAUAGUUUUUAAAAAAAUUGCUUUUGGCAAGUCUAUUUUUUAUAAUACUUGUCAAACUUUGUUUUGUUUUAAAAUAAAAUUUCAAAAAAACAGAAAAAAUUUCGAGUAUAAAUGUUUGGAACGAUGUCUACAAUCCAUUGUCAAGAUAAUUUUAAACAAUCUUUUAAAACUGUCCAUGGUACCACUGCCAUGUCAGGAAUGUCAACUAAAUGCAGAUGGCUGCCUAAGAUCAGAAAGCAUUGAGUGGUUGUGGGAUCUUAAGGAUAAAAUACCCAUCUGGAGUCGUUUAAAUGAAAUCAAUACUUGUGGCUUUAAACGUAAAUUACCCAUGUCCAUGACCAAAAACUAUGAUAUUGAAAUAAAGAAUCGUUUGUGGUCUCUGUGGAGUCGUAAAAGGAAACACAAAGUCAAAAACUGCACAUCUAAAUCUUCGGAUAAAUUCUAUAUGGCAGCAACCGUUAUAGCUUUAUGUACCGCUAAAGUAAUACGUUUAAAUAUUUGGAACUCACAGCUAAUGGAUAGCAUUUUUGAAAAUGGCCGCAAAUUUUAUAAGGAAAGCUUAAAGAAAUCACAUUGCUCCUCAGCACAAUUUCAGAUAGAAAACCUAAAUACCAAUUGUUCUAUGGAAGGCAUCCAGUUCCGUGUUUGUUUAAAUACCGUUCAACAGGGUCGUUUGUAUAGUAUACCUCUUCAAUGUCAGCCCAAUUUGGCCUAUGCUCUUAUACAUUUUUUCUCCCGCUAUCAAUAUGGCCUAUUGGAAUGUAACAAUAGAAUCUUGGGUUUGGGUUUUAUAGAUGGGCCCAGUGGUGGCUAUUUUAUGUAUGAUGCCCAAAGUAAAUAUAAUCCUAUAUUUUCUCAAGAUAUAUCAGCCACUUAUUUACUCAGAACAAAUCAUUUGCAAAUUUUACUAUAUUGUCUAGUCAUCAGUUUAAAUGUCUUGCAUAUAAAUGCCCCAUUCUGUUUGCAUCAUGUUAAAAUCAAUGUAAUUCAACCCCAACUACCUAAACUGGAACGUGAUCCAAGCAAGCGUAGCCUUUUAAAAUGUAAACGUAUUUUACCUUCGGAAUUCUGUAAAACCCCUUCUAUACUAACAUUAAAAUCUCCCCCAUCACAAAAAAUUCAAAAGUAAGUGCUUUAAAAUGCUCUACAAUCGAGGCAAAAGAUCUCAAAGAAUACCAGACACAAU